GAACUAAAAAUGAAUAGAUGAGACUGUAGAGUAGAAGCAAUAGACUGAAGUCAUUUUUGCCUGCAGGAAUUAUAGUACCAUUUGUUUUCAUUUUGAAAAUAAAAACAAAUGACAGUGCCAUUCCCUCCAGGGGAAAAGUACUUAAGUUAUCAAGCAUUCUCACCUCCAAAAGGAGCAAUGAUCUAUUUGUGUGCUGAUAAAAACCAAAUCCAUUCAGAAUGUUAGAACUUUGUGAACCUCAAGGUUUGCUAAGGUAAGGGCUAAUCAAACCAAAAACUUCUGCAAUGAUAAAAAUUCACUUUCAAAAAAUGGUUUACAGUUAGCAUAGUGUUUCUGAAGUUACCUUUUGACAAGUUUGAGUAGAUCAGGAACUAUCCUUUUCAUGUAAUUUUGGAGGACCAAACAGACUGUUUAUAUUAGUGUUAUGAAAUCUAUUGUUCAAAAACCUAAGUGUGAAAAAGACACAUUUUUAUCAGACCUAUUUUUUUUUGUUUGAUUGACAUUGUAGCCAAAUGAAGAAACUGACCUAAUUUGCAUUUCUGGGUUUGAAUCACUGAUGCUAUUUAGAAAAGUGUCUGUAGGUCUUUAUGUAUAUAUUAGCCCUCUCCAUUACUAUCCAUUUGCUAAAAAUACGCUGAAAACAAUUGUGGGGAUUUUGAUUUUUUUUUUUCAAAAAAUUAUUUUUCUGCCUCUAAGAAGAUACAAAACAUAUAGUUUCCAAGGCUUUGUAAAAUCAUUCUCUUUCUGAAUUAUGGCUCUCAACGAAGAAUGUUUCAUUUUUGCAGUUCUUAUUAUAGCCAUCAGUUUUAAAUUAAAAGUUAGAAAUAUGGGCCUAGCAUAUUUAUAAACUUCAAAAAGAAAAAAAAAACUUUCUUAGGAAUGAUAAGUUAGGCACAGUUGGUCCAAACAUGUGCUGCUAUUUUAAUAACAAUUUUAUGUUUUUUGAUUAGUGAUAUUAAAAGGAAUUCCUUAUUAAGGGGAGCACAUUGCUAUUUUAUACAAAUUUCUGAUAACGGAUACAAAUUCAUAUGGUUAAUUCUAAUGAAGUCAUGCUUUGAAGGAUUUCAAAGCUGUUUCUGCUUUGAAUACAGAGUUGUAAGGCCUGCUGUUGGGAGUUCAUGCCUAAUAAUUCACCUGGGACAACAGUGAAACGUGAAGCCCUCCUAAAUUUAACUGGCUAACAACUCACGUGAACAAAGAGCAGUAGGUCACAGUUAUACAAGAAAGGCUCUAUUUCCAAGUUCAAAUGUAUAGAAUUCCACAGUCAUCUCUUGAUGAGGAUCACACACACAUACACAGACACACACACACACAUAUAUACUCAUAUAUAUGUAUAUGUGUAUAUGUAUAUGUACAUGUAUAUGCAUAUGUAUAAAUGGGCAUCUCCUCCUAAGGCUAAUGGGAUUUCAUCAGAAAUAUCCUUUCUGCAAUUCUGGGCAAUGGACCAAUCUCAAAUGGAUUGUGAGUGAUGAGACUAUUUCAAUGAAGUCCAUAAAAAAAUCAGAUUGAGCAAAGGUAAUAAUUCCUUCAUAAUUGGCCUAAUGAUGAGAAGGAACAUGAAAAGAUAUAAAUCUGUGCAACAAAUCAAGGAUGUCUUAGAAUAGGACUUACAUUCAAACCAGUUGGUGGUGUCAAAUAGAAAGGCUGUUUUUUUUUUAAGCUUCUAUACUUUAAAUCAUCUUUAAGUCAUUGAAAAAUUAAAACAAACUUGUUCCUGUUACAUAAAGAUGCAGCUAAAGUGAUUAAACAAAAACCCAGACAACAAGCUGAAACACUGUCUGCAGGUCUCAAAGAUGACAUUUUUGGUCUGAAGUGCAGUUGAAUGGCAAUCCCUGGUUUAAAAUUCUAACACCUCUUAGGUAGAUAUUUCUGCCUACUGGAGAUUUUUAUAUUUAUGCAGAUACUUCAGAACAUUAGUGGAAAAUGGAAAUAAAGAUGCUUAUUUUGAUGUGAAGAUUUUUUGAAAUCCAUACGUAGUUUUCUCAUAAUACACAUUUUCAUGAGCUUUUUGAAGACCCCUCGUAUGCAUGGGUUUCAACAUAUUUUACGCCAAAAUAAACUUACCUCUUAAUGCCAUUUCUAUGAACACUUUUGUAGUACCCUCAUAAUUUGCAGCCUUCUCUGUAGCCCCUGUGUUUUACUAACCAAUGGUGUCCCAGGGCCUAGGACUCAAUAAUCUGGACCCAACUUUAAUUCUGAAUCAUGAGCUAGGAGCAUUUCCUUUGUAGAUUCCACCCAGUCUCUUUUUCUUAGCAGGUUGUAACUUUUAUGGUAAAACCAUAAAUAAAGGGUGCAAAGGUGCAAAGAGGGACUAGCAAGUGGCAUUUCACUGAUCUCUCCUUCUGGUCUAAAUCACAAGGAUGCUGGCUUUCUAUUCGCUUUUUGUUGUUGUUGUUGUUUUUAAAGGAGAUUCUGUAGCUCAUGUUGUCUCAUAUUCUCAUGGAAAUUCUUCAUCCAAUUAUUUGGUGCUCCUGGAGCAAAGGAGGUAGAAAACGAACAUUGUUAAAUAGUGGGUCUUAAGUGAAGCAGAACAUUGUUAAAUAGUGGGUCUUAAGUGAAGCAUAUUUCUUUCUGGCACUUUGAAACUUUAAGUUGACUGAUAGAAUCACUCUUACCCAGUACCUGGUACCUGAAUGUCACUCAAAUGGCAACUGCUAUUAAUCUCAUUUCUCAGUGUCCAAGGGUUAUAGGCUCAUGGAGCUGACAGUAAUAGUGGAUUCUAGGUCUUGUAAGCUUUCUUAUUCAAACUCAGGUUGUUUAAGGAAAAGAAUCAUUUGUCAGAUUCAAAGAAGUCUUUGUAAAAUCUCUAGCAUAAUGUGAUCAUGUAUAUGCACAUGUAGUCUGGAAAAGUGCUGGCAUGAGUCUCCUUAUGCCUUCAUUUUAUUUAUUGGAGAGGCAAAUUUACAGAGAGAGAGAGAGAGAGAGAGAGAGAGAGAGAAGGAAGAUCUUGCAUUCACUGGUUUACUCUCCCCAGAUGCCUAUAUUGAAUGAAUGACUGGAGUCAAAAGUUAAGAAGCCAGGAACUCAACCCAGGUUUCCACAUAGGUGGCAGGAACCUAACUACUUGAGCCAUCACCACUACCUCCCAAGGUCUGCAUUAGCAGGAAGCUGGAAUCAGUAGCAGAGCUUGGACUUGAACCCAGGCACUCUGAUGUGGAACCAAGCAUCCUAACUGGUGUCUUAAUUACUAAACCAAAUACCCACUUCAUUUCCCUCCUUUCUUGGUUAUAUUCACACUCACGGCUUGCUAAAUCCUAUUCUUCUAUUGCUUUUCUCAUACAUUUCUCUCGGACUUUUCUAUUGGUGAGUGCCUUGACUGGCACUUUUCUUUGACAAACCUUUUCUUUGACAUGUGAGGUCAUCACAAUGACAUAGGACCAUGGACUACCCAAGAAAAAAAGACACAUUGCUGUGUACAAGGAUACUGUGCUAUUUAUGUAUUGGAUAUCCAUUCCAUGGGGCCUCAGUUAGCUUGAUGAACAAAUAAAAUGAAGUGAAAUCUGAAACACACUGAUGGCUUUGAAUGAGUGAAGAUAGUUUGUAGAACCCUCUGUAUUUUUUUUUACUCUUUAAAAUUACCUUUUGAUGAGGGUUGAAAAGUCUACACUCAUGUGGCAUGCUUCUCACUACCAAUUCAAUGGUAUUUGGUCAACCUUUUCGGAACACCUACUUCGUGUCUGGAACUCCACUAGUCCUAGCGGUAGGACUGGAGCGAGAUAAGGCUCUAUCCUUGGACGGAUCUCCCAGUGGGGAAGGUGAUCAUAUGAACAUAAGAUGCUGCUCUGGAUGGUACAUGCUGAGGACGGAGUGUGAAGGGAAUGAAAUGAAUGAAUCGUCCUGCCUGGAGAAAGGAGAGAUACUGGACCUUGAAGAGUGAGAAAAUAGGGAAAGGACAGAGAGGGAAAGUACAAUGGGUAUGCCCUGGCAAGAGUGACCAAAUUGUGUGCUUAAACUGUAGCAUUUCUGGGGCUAGAAUGGUCAUAGGGGAGGUUAGAAACAUAGAAACUCACACCACAAAUUCUAAGUUGUCACUUAAGACCUGGAACUCAAUUAGUUUCACCCUGAGAGGGAUCUUUACAGUCAUCUUGCCCAUGAUACAAAUUCCUUAGUUUAAUUUUAUUCAUAUGGAAGUCCACAUGUGCACACAAGGCUAGGCCAGACCAAAGAUGGGAGCUAGAAAUUCAAUCCAGGUCUCUCACAUGUGCGGCAGGAACCCAAUGACUUGAUCUAUCACCACUGCUUCCCAGUGUCUACACAUGAGCAGGACGCUGGAAUUGGGGAACCAGUGUCCAGGCAUUUGAACCCAGAUUGCCUGAUGUGGAGAGGGGUAUCUUAACCACUGACCCAAAUGCCCAGUGUUAAGAAGAUUUGGGUGUUGUGUGCAUUUUCUGUUCUGCCAUGUAUUACCAAAAUUGUCUGAAACAUCGCUAAGAAUCAUAUUGCUUAAUUUGUUCCCAUGGAGAGUAUAUUUUUAUAUCAAAGAACAUGAAGAUAAUUUCAUAGUGCAUAGAGAACAUUGUGGUAGAAGUCUGGUGAUAGAACCUUCUAAAAGAUUGCAGUGGCAACUAUUGGUCUGCUAAAGUCGGCAUUUAAAAACUCUUUAAUAUUAUCUUCAUAGCCCUGUUAUUAAGAACUGAAUUUUACUGGCUUUGGACUUCUGAUGUACCUGAAUAUCCUUAGUUUUAAAAGAGAAUAAAACAAACAUAUUGUUGUCACUCCAGUUCAACAGAAUUACACACUACCAUUUUUCUGGUGUUCAUAUUUUUUUCUCUUUUCUGGGGGUAAAUGAAGUCGUGUACACAGAAUAUAGUUUUUAAACAGUAGCAGCUAAAAGAGAUAUAAUUCAGAUUAUCUGAAAUUCAUGUUCUAUGUCUCAUCUCACUGAGUUGGUGAUAAGGUUUCUGAGGCUACUGCAUUUAUAAACAGCAAGUUAUAAAGCAGGCUGCUGGUUGCUAGUGUCAGCCUUCAGCUGACCAUAGUAACAAGACAACCUGUCAGGUGUAUAUGAUCCUGAAAAAACUCUUUCAGAAAUACCCAAUUCUAAGAAGUGAAGACACAUAAAGAUCCGAGGCUUUGUACUAUAACCCUGAGCAAGUACUUAGUAGCUCCUGAGGAUGUCAUCCUUGUAUGGCAAAUUAAAGUAAUUAAUGUCCAGAUCAAGCAUUCUGACUUACCAGGAAGAAACGUUGAGUUUUAAUGAAGUUGUGAUUCCAUGGUUCAAGUUCACAUAGUCCCACGCAAAAUGUUUCAAAUGCUACAAAAUGUCUGUUCUUCUGAGUGAUAAGAGAAGGACAGGGCUCCCAACAGUGUGUCUGUUGAUGUCACUCAGCAUGUACUGGAUGCUUCUUGAAUGUCAGGCACUGUGUUAACAACCGGUGAAUUACAAGAUUAACAGGUCUGAGUCUUGCCUUCGAAAGUUAAUAACGUAGGGGAAGACACCUGAAGUUUGACGGUGAGAACAUGUAUAUGAGCAUGACAGAGCCGAGCCAGGACUAUGUGCCAGCCAGCCAGUCCUACCCGGGCCCAAGCCUGGAAAGUGAAGACUUUAACAUUCCACCCAUCACGCCUCCUUCCCUCCCCGACCACUCGCUGGUGCACCUGAAUGAAGUUGAGUCUGGUUACCACUCUCUGUGUCACCCAAUGAACCACAAUGGCCUGCUACCAUUUCAUCCUCAAAACAUGGACCUACCUGAAAUCACCGUCUCCAACAUGCUGGGCCAGGAUGGAACGCUGCUUUCUAACUCCAUUUCCGUGAUGCAAGAUAUACGGAACCCAGAAGGAAGUCAGUACAGCUCCCACCCGCAGAUGGCAGCCAUGCGUCCCCGGGGCCAGCCCACAGACAUCAGGCAGCAGCCUGGGAUGAUGCCGCCCGGACAGUUGACCACCAUCAACCAGUCGCAGCUAAGUGCUCAACUCGGUCUGAACAUGGCAGGAAGCAGUGUUCCUCACAACUCACCCUCGCCGCCCGGAAGCAAGUCUGCAACUCCCUCACCAUCCAGCUCAGUGCAUGAAGAUGAAGGCGAAGACGGCUCUAAGAUCAAUGGAGGAGAGAAGAGGCCUGCCUCUGAUAUGGGGAAAAAGCCAAAAACUCCCAAAAAGAAGAAGAAGAAGGACCCUAACGAGCCCCAGAAGCCGGUGUCUGCCUAUGCGUUAUUCUUUCGUGAUACUCAGGCUGCCAUCAAGGGCCAAAAUCCAAACGCUACCUUUGGUGAAGUCUCGAAAAUCGUGGCCUCAAUGUGGGAUGGUUUAGGAGAAGAGCAAAAGCAGGUCUAUAAAAAGAAAACCGAAGCUGCAAAGAAAGAGUACCUGAAGCAACUCGCAGCAUACAGAGCCAGCCUUGUAUCCAAGAGCUACAGUGAACCUGUUGAUGUGAAGACAUCUCAACCUCCUCAGCUGAUCAAUUCAAAGCCUUCAGUGUUCCAUGGGCCCAGCCAGGCCCACUCUGCUCUGUACCUAAGUUCCCACUAUCACCAACAACCAGGAAUGAAUCCUCAUCUAACCGCCAUGCAUCCAAGCCUCCCCAGGAGCAUAGCACCCAAGCCGAAUAACCAAAUGCCAGUGACUGUCUCUAUAGCAAACAUGGCUGUGUCGCCCCCUCCUCCCCUCCAGAUCAGCCCACCUCUCCACCAGCAUCUCAACAUGCAGCAACACCAGACACUCGCCAUGCAGCAGCCCAUUGGGAACCAGCUCCCCAUGCAGGUCCAGUCUGCCUUACAUUCACCUACCAUGCAGCAAGGAUUUACUCUUCAGCCUGACUAUCAGACGAUUAUCAAUCCCACUUCCACCGCCGCACAAGUUGUCACCCAAGCAAUGGAAUACGUGCGUUCGGGGUGCAGAAACCCUGCGCCGCAGCCGGUGGACUGGAAUAGCGACUACUGCAGUAGUGGGGGCAUGCAGAGGGACAAAGCACUGUACCUUACCUGAAAAUCUGGACACCUCUCCUUUCCGCUGAGAAUUCAGGGAAGUGGCUCCACCCGUGGAUUGCUUUGUGCAAUCAAGGCCGUUCUCCAUUUUGUUAGAAAAUGCAAGUUGCUAAGCACUUAGGACCAUUUGAGCUUGUGGGUCACCCACUCUGGAAGAAAUAGUCAUGCUUCUUUAUUAUUUUUUUAAUCUUUGAUGGACAUUGUUUUUCUUCUUCCCUGAAGAAAAUUUGGACCAUUCAGAUUUUAUGGGUUUUUUUUUUUUUCUUUUUUUUUUUUUCUUUUUUUUUUUGCUGUGAAGUGCUACGCUCUAGUAACUGCCUUAGCAACUGUAGAUGUCUCGGAUAAAAGUCCUGGAUUUUCCAUUGGUUUUCAUAAUGGGUGUUUAUAUGAAACUACUAAAGACUUUUUAAAUGGCUUGAUGUAGCAGUCAUAGCAAGUUUGUAAAUAGCAUCUAUGUUACACUCUCCUAGAGUAUAAAAUGUGAAUGUUUUUGUAGCUAAAUUGUAAUUUGAAACUGGCUCAUUCCAGUUUAUUGGUUUCACAAUAGGGGUUAAAUUGGCAAACAUUCAUAUUUUUACUUCAUUUUUAAAAACAACUAAUAGUUCUAUAUUUUCAAAAUAUUUGAAAAAAAGGUAUUCCCAAAUGAUUUUAAUUUAAAAGCAAAUUGGCAUUGUCUCAUUGAUCAGACAAAAAGAAGUUAGUGUUAAGGGAAGCGCAAACACAUUUAUUUUGUACUGCAGAAAAAAAAUGCUUUUUUGUAUCACUUUUUGUGUAAUGGUUAGUAAAUGUCAUUUAAGUCCUUUUAUGUAUAAAACUGCCAAAUGCUUACCUGAUAUUUUAUUAGAUGCAGAAACAGAUUGGAAACAGCUAAAUUAUAACCUUUACAUGUGGCUCUGUGUUAUGGUUUCUUCAUACUGUGUCUGUAUUUAAUCUUUUUUUAUGGAAUCUGUUGCGCCUAUUUAUGAAAUAAUAAAUAUAGGUGUUUGUAAGUAAAUUUGUUAGUAUUUGAAAGAGGUUUCUUUGAUGUUUUAACUUUUGCUGGCAAAAAAAAAAAUUCACGCUUGGUGUGAAUACUUUAUUAUUUAGUUUUUAACAGUGACAUGAAUAAAGCCAAGCCUGCUUUUCAUUUAGCAGCAAAUUAAAGUACCCAGUCCUUAUUUCUGCAUUUCCUUGGUUGAUACAAAUGAAAAACUAUUACAUUCUAAAACUGUUCUUACGCUAUAGCAGAUCAUUGUCCCCAAGGUCACACAAGCUCCAAGACUAAACAGACAGGUCCUCCAACUGAAAAGGGUUGCUUUUUAGAUCUCAGCUGGUUUUAGUCAAUUCUGAAAAUCAGUCCCCAUGCCCCAGAAUUAUUGUCGAAUCAAAGAAAAUUCCUCAAGCUGCAUGCUUUUUCACAAAAUCCAGAAAAUAUUUAAGCACUGAGCCAGGGGUGGGAGGACACGAAAGGGAAGCAGUAUGUCAAGAAAACAUCUACACUGAAAGGUGAGUAACCAGACAGCCCGAGAGAACCAACGGGAAAGCCUUCCACAGCUGAUAGCAUUUUAGAUUGUUGCUGUCUUUUGUGCCUCUACAAAUCACUUCUCUUUCCAGAAUUCCUGGGUUUUCCGAGAGAAUUCUGAGGGCCCAAGAGAUUUGCUGGGACCCAAAAGCAUAAAGACUCUAGCUGAGAGUUGCAAAGUUUUUACAUCGAAAAAAGAGCUAGGAGUUUAUCCCUUCCCGGAGAUUGUAAUGAGUAAACCAAUCUGAUUGGGAAUCAAGAAUGGCUGACGUCUCUUUCAUGGAAUGUACGACAUAAAUUUAGCAAUUUAACUAAAUACAAAUAAAUGCAUUGUGUAAUCCCUUCAGAAUUAACAAGACAAAAGGUAUGCUUGCUUUGGAAUGAUUUUAGGCAUUGUACAACCUUGAAUCACUUGAGCAUGUAAUAACUAAUAAAUAAUGCAGAUCCAAUGUGAUUAUUAAAAUGACUGUAGCUGAGAGCGCUAAUUUUCCUGUCUUGAAACUGUAUAAGAACUCAUGUGAUUAAGUUCACAGUUUAUUGUUUGUCUAUUUAGUAUUUUAGAAAUAUACCAGCACUACUAAUUCA